UCUGGGCCUGGCAGCUUGACUCGGUUGUGUCUGAUAGGAGGGGACAACCCAGUACCGUCUGAGCUCAGCCCUUCAGGAGGCGUCCACUGGUUCCGAUGAAACACGUCCCGCGUGUGCGGCGCGGCUCGGUCUCUGCUCACGCGCCAAUGUGCUGCUGACGCGCCUCCAGCCAUCAUUACGCACAUCCCGUCGGGCGGCGCAGGCUCCCUUUCCUCCGCUGGUUUGACACAUCGCAGCCGCGCAGCGGGGUCACGAAGAGGGGGAAGAUGUUACUGAAGGAGUACCGGAUAUGCAUGCCCCUCACGGUGGAGGAGUACCGGAUCGGACAGCUGUACAUGAUCAGCAAGCACAGCCACGAGCAGAGCGAUCGGGGCGAAGGAGUGGAGGUCGUCCAGAAUGAGCCAUUUGAAGACCCCACUCAUGGCUCGGGACAGUUCACAGAGAAGCGAGUCUACCUCAACAGUAAAUUACCCAGCUGGGCUCGAGCAGUGGUUCCCAAAAUCUUCUAUGUGACAGAGAAAGCGUGGAACUACUACCCCUACACCGUGACGGAAUACACUUGCUCAUUCCUGCCCAAGUUCUCCAUCCACAUAGAGACAAAAUAUGAGGACAACAAGGGAUGCAAUGAUAAUAUCUUUGACACGGAGCUGAAGGAUCAGGAGAGGGAGGUGUGCUUCGUUGACAUUGUCUACGAUGAAAUCCCGGAGCGCUACUACAAGGAGUCAGAGGACCUGAGGUAUUUCAGGUCAGAGAAGACGUCGCGGGGAAUGCUGCAGGAAGGCUGGAGGGACACGCAGGAUCCCAUCAUGUGCUCGUAUAAACUGGUCACCGUCAAGUUCGAGGUGUGGGGCCUGCAGACACGAGUGGAGCAGUUUGUGCACAAGGUGGUCCGGGAUGUGCUGCUGCUGGGACACAGGCAGGCGUUUGCCUGGGUUGAUGAGUGGAUAGAUAUGACUUUGGAUGACGUGCGGGAUUACGAGAGACAAAUGCAUGAGAAAACCAACAUUAAGGUUUGCGAUGAGCAGCAAGAGCAUUCUGCAACAAACCCACCUACACUGGAUGACAUAGAGAUCCAUGACAAAGCAAGUACAUGACGAUGGAUGAGGUGAGAGAGUAUGAGCGCAACAUUCAGGAGGCCACCAACCAGAAGAUUGGGAUGUUCCCCCCGUCCAUCUCCAUCAGCGAGACGCCCCUCUCCUCCUGUGCCCUCACCGGCCCUGCCAGCGCCCCCUCAACCCCCAUGUGCACCGACGCACCAGAGUCCCUGUCUGUCCCCAAAGACCGGCCCCGCAAGAAGUCCGCUCCAGAAACCCUGACCCUUCCUGACCACGCUCCGCAGGGCUCUUCCUCCGACCCGUCACCUGAUUCCAACCACCUCCAGUCGCCCACUUCUCCUUCCAACUCUGACCAUGCUGAAGAGGACGAACAGCAGGACUGAGGAGCGAGUUUUUUAUUCCCGCUUUACCAGGUCUUUUGAGUCCAAUCAAACUAGUCUAGCCUCCAAACAGUGCCCUGACAUUUAAACUUCUUUAGCCAUAUCUGGUGAUUCGCCAUAGUCUUCACCUGAAAACAGCGUUACCGCCACUGAAGCCAUCCAACAGUAACCACAGCUCACUUCUGUUCAAUCCAGACUUUCAUUCAAAAUCCUCACGUUUCUCUCUAGUGGUCUGUUUAACAAAUAGAUCCUUGUUUUGGUUUAGUUCUACCUAGUUAAGCUGACUCUAAUCAAAUCAUUCCUUUAGGGAGUUGCCUUGAGGACCGAGGUAAAAAGCAUAGUUGUUUAUCUUUGGUUAUAAAAUCAGCUGAUCGACUGAGUUGCACAGUAGAGAACAUUUGCUAGAAUAGGACGCACCGGAAAUACAGUCAGGAAUCUUCACAAUCAUCUGUUCCAUGGCAUGGAAGAUGCAAGAGCAGUACAAUCAUGGCGUGAACACACCUCAGGUCUCCAGACUCUACCUGGCUAACGCUCCAAAGGCAGGGCUGUUAUUCUUCCUUUCUCCCCCUGCUCAUUGCCAAACACUUGAAUUUUAUACCUCCAAAGAUACAACCAUCCAUUCCCUUGCCUUCCGUUCGAAAUCCCCUCAGUUGUUUACACAAAACGGGCCUUCCUGUUUUUAGAUCGGGAGCAGUUACUGACAUAAACGUUACUUUCUUUUUAAAAAGAUUUUAUGUAUCUGCGUACUAUUGAAGUACUUCCUUAUGACGGGUCAAGUGUUGCCUGAAACUAAUGCUGGACAUUUCUUAUGAUUCCAUCCGCUUUGACCUGAUAAGCUGGAAAAAGGCCAUUUUAGGGAGAUGUCAGACUGAUUCUUGGGAAAUCAGAAGCCAAGGAUGCUUUGAGAAAAGAAAACGUUCUUCAUCAGGUGCAUCCUGAACAGAAGAACACAGCCAUGGUUAGAUUUUUCCUCUGAUGCCUCCCCUUCCCUUUAGCUUCCCACGUAGUAUUCAAACCAAAAGGUUUAUAUGCUGCAUGAAGUGUCCACAAGAAAAACUCCUGCUAGAAGACGUAUUUACUCGCUUUAGGGUUAAAAGAAAGGGUGAAUGCAUCAGAAAACGUUAGCCUCUGCAGAGGAUAGCUUCCGAACCCUCUGAACUCAGUGCCUCUGCACGCUGCAUCCUUCUGGUGUCAGCUCCCAGACGUCGUCCUCUCAACCCCAACUCUGCCUUGAGCUACAUGUCCCCCCGGCUCAACGGAGACGCUCCGUUUUCUCACAUCCGUCGUCUCGUGCCUUUGCGUCCCGGCGAAGGCCGAAGGAGAGCGAAUCGUGGAGGAUGAGCUUCAUUGUCAUGACAUGGGGGAGGAGGAGGCCUGCAGGGGGGAAUUUAAUGCUUUCAUUGUCCCAACAAUCUAAAAGCGAUGAGUGUAAAGCAAACAAUUCAGGCCUUUUUAUGCAGCUUGGGUGACACAUUUAAUCAAAGCUGCUGUUCGUAUAAAUACAAGGCAGAUGAUGGAGAAAGUCAACUCAUUUUCUGCUUUUUUCGUUCCCAAUUUGAGCUUUAACGUUGGGAGUUGGGUCAUCUAGACCCACUAGACAGUGCGCUAAACCUUUUUCUUCAAUGAUUUGUGAUCUUCACUGGUGUCCAUGGAUGACAUGAAAUCUCUCCACCUGUAUCCACCUUUGUCAUGGUAGGGAGAACACGUCAAUGUAAGGGUGGGGUCAUCUGGACCCCACAAGAUAGCACAAGGGGUAGUAAAAUACGGGAGUCCUUUAUAAGGAAACCUGACAGUGAAGCUCGUGUUCUGAUGCCAGCAGCUCAGUGCAGCCGCGUGGGACACAAACACGCAGGUUUACGCUCGGUUGUGUCGGGCCUAACCCGCGUUUGCUCUCGCCCUCCCUUCUGCUGUUACUCUUGGAUCAGUGCAAACGCAUUUUUGCCCUUUGCAGUCUGUGACACCUUAAUGACGAUGAAGGAAUGUCUUCUUGUGUUGUUGGACCAACAUCCUCUAAUCCAUCAUUGACUCAGAAGAUACAGGCUGAAGGAGAAGGUCCUCUGUGGUCUUCCCGUACGGUUUCUCACUUGCAUUUGUUACUAAACCGUAGCUAUUUCUCUGCACUCAUUGCUUUUGUCUCUUGAGCUGAAAAUGAAUAUACAGCAGUAACCAGCCUCCCUGUAUGGAUCUCAUCUGCUAUGUGUGGGACAGACCUCCUCUCCUGCCAGGGAAACGGUGUUCCAGGGCCAUUUUGGAUCCAGCACAGAAUAUUAAAAUAAUGCAACACGUCUGUGAGAGGUUAUCUCUGCUCUGUUUAAAAGAGUAACACAAAAGCUUGUUGUAAAUACUACUGCAGCUGCUGAUUAUUCCAGUUGUUUCUUACAGCCAUGCUGUCUGUCCCAGCUUUCAUUGCUGAAAUGACGUGAAUGUGCUCGGAGGCUGAGAACGUUUUUUUGUGAUGAAGAUGGCAUUUCCUUGUUUUUUUUUCCUGUUUUUUUUUUAUUGACUUGAGAGAAAUAAGACAUCCCCGGUUGACUCACAUGUGUCUUUGGUCAUCUGAACAUACAAGAGUGACUGAAGUAUCUCCUCAUUAUAGUGUAAUCAUAAUAGUAUUGUUUCUGAUUAUUGUUGGGGGCAGAAACUGUUUUUGGGGAAAGAAAUUGGCGCUUUGCAUUUUUAGUGCUUUGAUGUUGACAUGGGAAGUUAGUGGGGGGGGUGUUGGAGUUCUGCUCUCUCUUGCGUAGUAAACCUGCUGUACUUUUGAUUUUGUGAGUGCUGUAAUAUUUGAAGGCAAACAUUUAUUUAGCGUUUCUUUGCAACGAUGGACCAAGACCUUGGCUCCUCUUCCUCCCGGUGGGGUUCGCAUCCAGACGGCCCACCGCGCCGCCUGCUGUGGUCCCGGGUCGAGCCUCACAAACCCCCCUGAGUGGGUCCACAGGUGUGUGAAUGUGAGCGUGCGAGUGCAACACACCCCAGAGGUGCCAUCCACGUUAAGCUGCUGGAAGUUGCUCUUUGUUCUUCCACUUUAACUAGUAUUGUUCCUGUUAUAUUUUUAUGGCCCCUUGAGGUUCGUUCGGUUGAUUCUUGUAACAAUUGCUUGACUUUUUCUGAAACUGAUAAUUAAACUUUAUUAGCUAUUGU